AUGCGUUACGCACAACUAGUUGUUGGUCCUGCUGGGAGUGGAAAGUCCACAUACUGCUCAACAGUUGUGAAACACGCAAGUGAUGCAAAACGAAUAAUCGAAGUAGUUAACCUGGAUCCAGCUGCUGAGCAUUUUGAUUAUGAGCCAAUGGUGGAUAUACGAGAGCUGAUACAUCUGGAUGAUGCCAUGGAGGAUGAGGAACUCCAGUUUGGGCCUAAUGGAGGACUUGUAUUUUGUAUUGAGACAUUGUUAGAAAAUUGUGACUGGCUAGAAGAGCAACUUGGGGAUGUUGAUGACGAUUACAUGCUGUUCGACUGCCCCGGUCAGAUCGAGCUGUACACACAUCUACCUGUGAUGAGGAAACUUGUGGACCUGUUGCAGAAGUGGAACUUUAGAAUAUGUGUUGUGUUCAUGGUGGACUCGCAGUUUAUGAUUGAUGGUGCUAAGUUUCUAUCUGGAACAAUGGCGGCACUUAGUGUAAUGGUGAACUUAGAACUGCCACAUGUAAAUAUUCUAACAAAGAUGGACCUGCUCAGUAAAUCAGCGAGGAGGCAAAUUGAUGAUUACCUAGACCCUGACCCACACGUGCUCUUAGCCGAUAUGCGAAACGGCAAAUCCAAAUGGCACGAGAAAUACGCUAAACUAACCGAGGCCAUCGGUGAAGUUAUCGAGAAUUUCAGCCUAGUGCGGUUCUACCCUCUGAACAUAAAGGACGAAGAAAGUGUGGAGAAUAUCAUACUGACCAUAGAUAAUAUUAUCCAAUACGGAGAGGAUGCUGACGUGAAAAUCAAAGACUUUGAUGAGCUGGAUCCUGAGGAUGGCAAUGAUAACUAUGAUUAA